AGCUGGUGACACCGGCCUGAGAGACUCUAGAAGGUCCAUUCAGAGAGUGGUCCUAACGGGAGAAUGCUGCUGAUGUGGACACCGCUGUUGUGCUGGGGGCUGCUGCACCAAGCCCAAGGGACAACCCAUAGUCCUCUGCUCCUGCGGAUCAACGAGAGAUGGGUGGAAACAAAUAUUUCAGAUCUAUUCAUGGAACAUGAGGUCCUGAAAGGUAUGAUCAGGAUGCCUGUGACUGGAUCCCCAAGUGAGGGUGUGUCUGUCCUGGACCGUCUGCCCUUCAUCAAAAAGGAGUUUGUUAGGAAGAAGAGUGGGCUGGACCUGUCACUUGUGGGGGACCUGCUCUCUGGGAAGACGAUGCCUGAGCUGAAGACGCUACUAGAGACAGCUGGGUUGGUCAUAGAAGAUGCCAAGGGACCGGAAGUCACCCUGGAAAUUCUAAGUGACAGCCUGCUGCAGAUCACACUGCGCUGCAAACUGUACCUCUCACUCCUAGAGAUCCUACGGCUAGAAGCCAUGAAGAACAUACGCAUUGGAGUACGGCUAGAACAGAUGGGGAACAAGACCCGGGUGGCCUUCGAGGAGUGCCACGUGCCCCCUGGGAGCCUGAACAUUGAGAUCCUGAAGCAAACAGAGACCCUGUUGCCAAACCAGCUGCUGAAUCUGGUGACUGAGAUCCUGGAGGAAUCACUGCCGUUCCUCCUCCAGAAGAUCGUGUGCCCUGUGGCCACAAACCUGCUCAACUUCCUGCUGGAAGACCUGCUACACAUCGUUCUCCCGCCAAUCUUCUCGGGUCCCAGUGAUUUCCAGUACUAUGUGACCACCACCGAGUUCACACAGGGAGCCAUCCUGUUGACAGUACAGCUUGUGACUCCCUGUGGCCCACACCAGCGGGCUUCAAGGCCGGAGCGUGUGGUUCCCCCACCUCUCCCAGGAUUAGCCCAGGACAGCACGGCAGAUUUUGCCUUUUGGCUAGAAAUCUACAAUGACAUCCUGUCCUGUCUGUACACGAGCCAGGAGAUCUUCGUGGAGCCCCAAGACUCCUUGGAAACUGGCCUCUGGGAGCUGUUGUCCCUGAGUGCUCCAACGCCCACGCCAGAGGUUCAUAAUGUGACCAGAGGGAGCCUGGGACUGAUCAUCAGCACCCCAGAUCCACCCACUGUCCACCUGGAUGGCUCCAGGGCCACGGUCACCCAGCAGGGCUUACUGAUGCUGCAGGGGACCAAGAAUACCUCCUCUGAUGUGGUUGCCUGGCAAAUCCUCUCCAAAGCUGUGUUCUCCUCAAGAAGUCAGAAACUAAAACUCCAGUUCACGCCACACGGCGCUGUGAUCACCUUGGGUCCCUACCCCACCAUCAUUGAGAAGCAGGAAGAGCAUCUGAAGGCCUUGCUCUUGGCGGUCCUGAAGAGGCGGUUCUUGCCUCACCAUAACAAGUGGCUCAGAGAGCAUAGCCUCCUUCUGCCCAACAUCAAGGGCAUCUCCUUCAACCAUGCCCAGCUGGACUUCUCUGAGGAUUACAUACAGCUGACCAUUCCCGAGUAGCUGCUUUGCCAAGGCCCAGUCCCUGCCCCAGCUGCACAUGCAUGCUCAAGCCCCCAGAGUCCAUGAUCAGCAUCAGUCCCAGUGGAGUUCUCCGCUG